AUGGCCCAUACACUACUCACCAAGGUACCGGAACGCAGCACACAGUGCAUCAUUGUGCAAACUCAUGUCCUGGUGCUGAUGGUGCGAGUUCAUUGCGUGGUGACUCACCUUUAUUGGAGUGAAGUGCAACACGGAACACGAAAUUCACCUUCAGUGGAACAGGAAAUACUGGAAGUGCUACAUAAAGUUUUGGAAGUCUUGGAAAUGAAGAGUGAAAAAGAGUGGAUUUUAGCUGCCGGAAACCCUGUCAUAGUCGGCUUGAAGGAAACAUCCGAAUAA